UUCCUACGCCUCCACUUCUAUCACCCAUCUCUUUGCUCUCUCCCUCUUACCACAUACCCUAAGACCCCCCUCCCCUUCCUUGAGAAUAUUUCCACCCACCCCGCGUCGUCAAAUUUCUUUUCCUUUUUCCUUUUUCCUUUUUCCUCCUCCCUUAUACCGGUAUUGGCUCGCACCGGGUCUAUAACAGACCAGACCGUCCUCCCCUCCGUCCCGAACUCGCGAUUUUAAUAUUCUUGCCUCUCGCCUGCUUGUUGCUUGACCUUUGCCGAAUUGUCAAAUCAUCCCAUCUGGUUGCAACCCAUCCUUUCAGGCACCGUCCUCCUCGACAAAACCUACUGCCGACAUCACCUUUCCCCAGGCACCGGUCCAUAGUAUCGGUUUUGGGAUUUCAACCUGCGAGCAAUUGUGAUCAUCCUGCACACAUCGCGGCUCCGUAAGUCAUUUCGUCUUGCUGGGCGAAGCGGGAUAAGGGGGAGAGUCGUAUGUACUCCGGUGGUUCUAACCUUGUUGCUUGGUGCAGACUUUAUCCCCUCGUCACACUUUGAACCAAGUUCCCACGCUCCAAUCCACCCACCUUCUUCCAUAUUGCCUCAUCACUCUUUUCAGAAGGAAAGACAAGAAACAAAUCUAAGGACAGCUUUUAUUCCUGCUGGCCAGAGCUUUAUCUAUUCUUCUACGCCUUCAAAUUGGGCUACUCCUUUCCGCCAAUCGACAACCUGCUCUCAAUAAUUCGAUUUUCUGCGCUCACAUCUCUCCCACUUGAAGUUGAGGCUGGUCUGGUCUCAUUCAGAAACACGCUGGUUUCCGGGAGUUCGCGUCGCUUUCCAAAAGAACCGGAGGCAUCCGACCAAGGCGAACCAAUUCCGAGUGUAGGAACAGUUGGCCGCCAUUCAGGAAGGUGUUAACAACAAGCUGGUUUGCUAUCGGAGGACGGCAACGAUCCGGAGGCUGCGCGAGUCAAGUCGUAAGUCAGUCGGUCUGUGCGGAUUUCUAUCGAUCUCAACCAAUCCUCAAUCAACUAUUCCGCCCUGCACCGUUGGUCGAUUAUAUUGUGGUUUACAAGUGGCUCGAACGGUUUUGAGGUUCACGAGAAAAGCACUUGCGAGCGAUCAACAAGCUAUACAUCAGAGAAGGAAGGCAGCUUUUUUUUGAACCUGCAAAUGAGAGGGGGGGGCUUAUAACUUGAUUUUUUGUUGUCGAGGAAUAGACAGCGAAAGUUCUGUCAAAUAACUUUUUUCUCAUUGAACAGCGGAUAGGUGCGGUAACCUGGUGGUUGGGUUAACUAUAGGGAUCAUUUAGCAGGCUAAGGCUCUGCUCUCAUUAGGCUCGUAGGAUUUUUUCACUAGUUGGGUUAGACUCGCCAACUGGUGGGUAUCGGGCUAUUCUGACCUUGAAUUUUGACUUCGUAACGUUUGUGAUCUGCACACUGGACCGUCUGGAGGAGACUGGGAAAAAAGAAACAAAAAGAAGCUCAGUUUUGAGAACAAAAGGUGGGUACCCGCAGAAACCUCUAACAAGCGUCCUUUCUCUUCUCGCGCCUUUCCUUCAUUUUGUCUUGAUCUCCAGUUUGGAACCGCGGAGCACUCUCGAUUUGACGGGUUUAAGUUGCUGAUGAAAGGGUGCUUGGGGUCUAGGACAAACACAUUGCUUACAAGACAAUUUUCGGUUGCCUUGCGGUCUGAUUCGAGAGGGGCAGGAGCUCCGGCUAGUUUUGCCUCGCACAGACUGUCUUUCGCCUCCAGAAAGAUUUAAUCCCCCCCACAAAACACUUCGCGCACCACAAUUGAUCCCUCUUUCCGCAAAACCUCACUUCCCUUGUAAGCAUACUCUGAUACGAGCCACAGUGAUAUUCAUUAUCUCAUCGUUAACCCCUCAUAGCGUGCUCAAACCUUCCCGGGUAUUGGGACUUUAAAAGCAUCUCCCUUCCCGUCGACUCCGCCCUUCGAUUAUCUCUUGUUUUCAUCUUGUCGAAUCCUUUGAAGACUUCCAACCAAAUUCUAGAAUACGGAGAACUAUUUCUCCACACUUAAUAUGGACCUAACCAAUAUUUUGAACACCAAGGAUGCGGCCGCUGCAGCAGCAGGCGCUGCACCUUCACUUACUCUCCCUUUGGAGAUGCAAAAGAACCCCUUCCUGGCUAAUUCGGGUGCGCAUCCCCACAGUCCCGCUGCAUCAGACUUCAUCUCGGAUAGGGAAGGAUCACCUCAUUCAUCCACUUCGCCGUCGGCCUCAGAACAUUCACCUGGUGCCUAUCCAUUACCAAAUACUUUAGUCUCUCCGAACGGAUCAUAUCCAGGCGUACCCUCUGGCACAGUUAAUACAGUGGCACGAGGUCCUGGCAGGCCAUCAUCAGGGGAUCCUUACUCAAAGGCAUUCCCCUGCAGCGUAUGCAGUAAGGGCUUUGCACGCCGUAGCGAUCUCGCUAGACAUGGUAGGUUACGUUCUUUGGGGUUCCUCAAUGGGUUGUUUUCUAAUUGCUCCCCAGAACGGAUACAUACUGGUGUCAGACCACAUGUCUGUGACUACCCUGGCUGCGAUAAACAGUUCAUUCAGCGGUCAGCAUUGACUGUACAUGCUCGUGUCCAUACUGGAGAGAAGCCUCACAUGUGUGACACUUGCGGAAAGGUAGUUUUGGCCCUUAUCUUCUCAAUCUUGCUUUGUUUACUGAUUUCCCGUGCUCCAAACAGCCAUUCAGUGACUCAAGCUCGCUGGCUAGGCAUCGCAGGAUACACUCGGGGAAACGCCCAUACAAGUGCCCUUAUGCAGACUGUCAGAAGACGUUUACUAGGUAACAACCCCCGCAAUUGUGGGCAUUCGGGAAAUAUCUAAUUCUUUGGCAGACGAACUACACUUACCCGUCAUCAAAACCACCACACUGGGACUAUCAGUGAGGCGGCGGCAGCUACAGCAGCAGCGCUGGCUGCCAGACCUACCCUACCAAAGCCUGGGAGGCCACCAAGGUCGCCUAAUGCACGUCCUUUGGGGCGUCCCCCAAAUGAUUCAAACCCGAGCUCGGCACAUUCAACACCCUCGCCCGGUGAAAGACAUGCUUCUCUAUCGCCAUCAACUGAACUCCCUCCGCUAUUCCCGGCCCACCGCCAAGGCGGAGAUUAUCAUUAUCGACAGGGCAAUAUCACUUCCCAUCCCUCUGCUAUGAUGAAUGAGUUGCAGCCUCUGACACCCCGUCCUACGCCUACGACAACCCCGACAAUUUCCGCCGGGAUGGUUCCUGCGGGGCCUCGUCAACCUCCUACCUCGAACCCAACUUUUCUGUCAUCAUUGCCACCAAUUCUUGAACCUCCACCAAAGCCUGACGCGCAGCGUCAAGGUAGUCCACAUCUCUCUGGAAGCCCUCACAUGUCUGCUGCUGGGAGUCCACAUAUGUCUCAUCCUAGCCCUCACUUUUCUCCUGGAUAUCGCUCACCCUCGUAUCCCUCGGCCCUUUCCGAAGAACCAGUAUUUUUCCCACCUCCCUCUUUCCAAUCCCCAGUGUUAGGCUCGCACUAUAAUAGUGAUCAUCAUCUCCGAAGACCUCACUCCAGUGACAGUCUGAGCUCUUUUGAGCAAAGAGAUGCGAGACUGCCUGGCGUGUACCAAUAAUCUCCCUAAAUUCUUGGCGUGAUUGGGAGAAGGCUUCGGGAUAAUUAUGUCCGCGAGACUAUAUCUGGCGAUAUUGAGGAUAAUUAUACCCAGCUUUUUGGCUCGGGCGUAAGGGGAAGGGUGUAUUUUUUUCUUAAUGUUUCCCUCGUUUCCUACUCUCCGGUCGCAUAUUCUUUGUUUUCUUGCUUUAUUAUCUGGCGUGGUGCGUUUCAUUUUUGCUAUAGAGGUGGUUGGGUUACCUGACGCCCACGUCUUCGGCGUGGUUGAAAUCCGGUUUAAAGCCUUCUCUUGAGAUUGGUGUCUGACAUGGCCCGGUUUGCAGGUGCUGGUAGUUUUGGUAUUAUGCGGUUCCAACUUCUGUGUUCUUAUGCCCCAUUUUCUACUCGUGAAGUGCCGAUGUGGGGCUUCACACAGUGCCAUUACCUCCUUUGUAAUAUUGAGAAGCAAAGGGCGGCCAUGCGAAGAGUCUCCUCCCGCUUGAUAGGAAUCGUGGUCGGAACAAACUCCGCGACAGCGGAUGUUGGGGAAUUGGUGCCCCUCGGGUCUUCGAUCAGCCGUUCUACUCCGUUGGCCGAAACUUUCUUUGUGCAUCUUUUCUUACUUAUGUUAGAUUUUAUCACCCUUUUCCCUGGUGAAUUCCCUUUUCCUCUCGCAUCCAAUUCUGCGACAUGGGAAUCGCCUUUAAUUAUCUUUUUCCUUCCUGAUCUUCCCACUCCCCCUUCUCUUUCUCCUUAUAUUCGGUUUUCAUUUCUUCGUCUUGGAUAUAGAAGGUUGCGGUGACGAAGGUUUAUGACCUCAUGAUGGCUUGCUUGCGAGGUUGGAUUCCCUAGCAAACUAAGGGCCCCCAAUUCUAUGUUUUUAGUGUUUCUCCUUCCAUUUUCUUUCCAUAACAUGUGUGAUGUUCCUAUUUUCCCUCUGCUUCCUUGCGCCUCCUCAUCUACCAUUGUUGCUACUUUUUCUUGCAGUUUGGUGUCCGUUUGUGUGUGUUUGCUUUCCCGCAUUCUUAAAGGUCCGGUAGUCGGGGUGUUUUUUGAUACAAAAAGAGUUCUAGCUGUUUGAAUUAAAUAGAAGUGGCAGGUCGCGGUCGAUUGGGUUGUUCUAGUGAAAUGCUGUGUCGUGGUGCUGUCUUUGGUGGGUUGGUUUGUGUAGGUUUCUGAAGGUCUGUCCGGCGGUUGUAGAUCUUGGGUAUAAGUAGUGUUGUCCACACUCACCCGUGCGCUCACCUCAACCCUCCCACCUCCGUGAGGCCUCGUGACGACCUGUCCCUCCAUCCAUCCAACUGUUCACUCUGCAGCAAGGGGUAGGCCAUAAGGUGCGGAGCGACCUAAGGUGAGAUAUGUGGGGAAAAGGGAGAAAUCAAAAAGGGAUCAAUUAUACUUGAGUACUUAACAAUUGUGCUAGUUUGCGCCUGUCAGUCAGCGGGGUAUUAUCUAUUGGUAGGUGGUGUUGCGAGAGGGAAAUGUUCGCUCGGGAGGAAACCCUCUUUUUUUUCCUUCCAAAGUUUGCUUUUUAUAUUAUUCCCGCCUCCCCCCCCCUCCCAGCAAACAAACAAACAAACUCACAAAAUACCCGGUAGGCCAGC